UCGUACGGCCACACUGAAGCAACGGCCAAGCAAAAACGAGAAAAAGUUUCGCCAAACCAAUUGCGAUUCGAUUAAAGUAACAUUAAACGCGCUUUUCCAGAAGCCUUGCGCCCCAAGUGUUCAUCCCCACUUCGCCAUGAUGACGGACGACAAGAGCUACGACUCGAGCAACAGCGAGUCCGAGGAACGCAGGGCCAAGCACAAGAAACCAAAGAAGCACAAAAAACACAAGAAGUCCUCGUCGUCGGGCAAGAGCGAGAAGGAGCGGCAUGCCCACAAGAAGAGCAAGAAAGCAAAGAAACGCCUGCACCGCCAAAGCGAGUCCUCCAACGACUCGGACGCGCCCGAGUCCAAGGCCAAGAGUAAGCUGCCAAAGAGCUCUGGGCUGAGCAGCAAGUUCACAGAGAUUAUGCAGAAGGCCAGUCGCAACGGCGCGGACUUCCGCAUCUCCAAGUCCCUGCUGCCCACGGAUCCAUGCAGCCUUGUGGAGGAGAUAACAAAGACCAUUCAGAACAAGGUGCUGCCCGUCCUGGAGGUGGCCAGUUCGGGCAGCGAGAGCGAUGUCCCCGUUGAUGUGGCCAGUCCGGUCAUUGCUCCCAUCAUAGAGGACGAGCUUAACUUGGAGGACUUGAUGCGGCAGAAGGCCCUACUCCAGGCACGCCUGGGCGCCUAUAUGUCGGACCCAGAGGCGGAUGAGAAAGGCGAUGCCCACAACCAUACGCACCAGCAUUCGAAGUCUACGCAGGCCAAGCCGGUGGCCAAGAUGGGCACCUCUGCAUCGCAGCCCCCGGCCCAAGUCCAGGGCCAGGCUCAGCCGCAGGCGAUGGCUACCAGCAAGUCUGCAGCGCCGCUGGCUACUGCAACCAGUAAACAUGCUAAUAAUAAACAGUCUAGCACGCAUAACUCAAAUGAAUCCGAUGUUAUAUUGUUGGAUGAUUCUAGCGGAGGCCAACGCACGCCCUCGCCCACGCCUGAGAAGCGGAGACGCCACGCAUCCCCGUCCCCGGCAGCGCCAAGGAACCGCGUCCGCGAUGACGCGGCUCACGGGCGCCGAGAACGACGAUCAAGGGAGAGGGAACGAACGCCGCCCCGCCGCCGGGUAGCAGAGCAGCAGCAGCAAUUGCAGGCUCCGCCACGCAGUCGCAACCGCAACAUGGAGGACUUGCGGCAGGAGAUCAACCGUGACAAGCAGAGGGAGCGACGCGAGCACAGCCGAGAUCGGGACAGUAACCGGGAAAGAGACCGGGACCGAGACGGUGGCCGACGUGGAGCGGAGAGACAGCAGCAGCCGACCGAUGUGCGUGCGGGUCGUGCCCGGGAGCGAGAAGGUCGGCCCAAUCGCCAGCGAUCGCAUAGCCGCAGUAAGUUUGAGUCGGACAGGCGCCGAGAGCGCGAACGGCAGGGCGACAGGGAUCGUGGCGGUGUCUUUGAACGUGGCGGCGGACGUGGCGGAGGACGCAGUGGCCCGGACAACGGAGCCGGCGACCGGGACCGCUACAAGGGAUCGCUGAGCGAGGGGCAGAAGAAGCAUGAUAAGGAGAGCAGUGACGAGGACGUCAACCUGGACAUAGACAUUGACGACGAUGACGACGAGGAGCGCAUUAUUGAGCAGCGUCGCAGGAAGCGCGAGGAACUACUCAAGAAACUAGGCACUGGACAUGAUUCACCCACGCCUCCCCAGAAUUCAAAUUCGUACGAGUCCCGCAGCACGUCACCGGGCUCGUCCCAGCGCGAACGUCCCCCUAGGACGCCCACUCCCACGCUCACAAACCCCGAAGUCCAGCUGUUGGACAGCAACCAAAAGAACAGCAGUGGAAAGGAGAAGCGAAAUGAGUGGGACAUGUUUGCCGAACAGGACGUUGAUUCCAAUUUCGAUUCACCCAACACGAUCGUCCACAACAAACACCAGCACGAGAAUCCCGCCCUUACCGAUAACUGGGACGAUGCAGAGGGCUAUUACCGAGUUCGGAUCGGCGAGGUGCUGGAUAAUCGCUACCUGGUGAACGGCUAUACGGGCCAGGGCGUCUUCAGCAACGUGGUGAGGGGCCGGGACCAGGCUCGGGGACAGGCCAAUGUGGCCAUCAAAAUCAUACGUAACAACGAAAUAAUGCACAAAACCGGACUCCGAGAGCUGGAAAUCCUAAAGAAGCUGAACGACGCCGAUCCAGAGGAUCGAUUUCACUGCCUGCGCCUGUACCGUCACUUCUUUCACAAGCAGCAUCUCUGCAUGGUUUUCGAGCCGCUGGCUAUGAACUUGCGCGAGGUACUCAAGAAGUACGGCAAGAAUGUGGGUCUCCACAUCAAGGCUGUGCGCAGCUACACCCAGCAGCUGUUUCUCGCCCUGAAGCUGCUGAAGAAGACGGGCAUCCUGCAUGCGGACAUCAAGCCGGACAACAUAUUGGUGAACGAGAACAACCUGAUACUGAAGCUGUGCGAUUUUGGGUCCGCCUCGGCCAUCAGCGACAACGAAAUAACGCCGUACCUGGUGUCGCGCUUCUACCGCUCUCCAGAGAUCAUUCUGGGCAUACCCUAUGACUAUGGCAUCGACACCUGGUCGGCUGGCUGCACCAUCUACGAGCUGUACACUGGCAAGAUCCUGUUCAGCGGGAAGAGCAACAACCAAAUGCUCAAGUUCUUCAUGGACGUGAAGGGCAAGAUACCGAACCGCAUUGUGCGCAAGGGCCAGUUCCGGGAGCAGCAUUUCGAUCAGAGCUGCAAUUUUCUCUACCACGAGAUAGACAAGCUCACCGAAAGGGAGAAGAUUGUUGUUAUGCCGGUGGUCAAGCCGUCGCGCAGCUUGCAGCAGGAACUGAUUGCCGACCAAAACCUGCCGGACGACCAGCACCGAAAGGUCACUCAACUCAAGGAUCUGCUGGAGAACAUGUUUGCCUUGGAUCCAGCCAAACGGAUCUCCCUCAACCAGGCCCUCAUUCACCCCUUUAUUCAGGAGAAAAUGUAAAGGCGACGCUAGCUGAAGAUGCCAGCUUAAACGUAAUUCUAAUUUGCAUAGCCCGUAAGACAGUCGAUGCGCCCAACUCCCGUACGUUGUAUCACACAAUCCAUAUUGAACAAUAUAUCUACUCGUACAGCUGGAACAUGUGGAACAGCGUGUGUGUAACGUGCGUGUAUAUAAGUAUUUUAAUGCCACUAAAAAUUGUAUAAAAUGCAUGUGACCGAACUAUUUCUCCCACACAAUAUACUACUGUAUGAAGCUAUGCCCAGGCACAGUUUCGUUUCAUCUGUUCUGA